CUGUUGUAGUUGUAUUAGUUUGCAAUGAUUAUAGUGAUAUUUGUGGUGAUUGUGGUCAUUGUUGUUUAUCUAAAGAAGUUAAUAAUGAGAAGCAAGAGAUAAGAACAAAAAAAAGACUGAAAA